GAGCAGCAGGUUAACACCAUGCUGCAGCACUCCUCUGUUACCAGCUGGACAUGAGAGACGGCCUGGGAUGGUCUUAGUUUAGAAGAUCUUCAAUCUGCCUCUCACAACCAAAAAAACUCACAAGAGUGACCAACACUGGUGCCCAUUCCUGCUCUGACUCUCAUCCUGUGUGAGUGUGCGGGUCACCAUGGCAACCGAGCCUCAGGGUAAUCAGGGACAGCCGAGGUUUGAACCCAGUGAACGCCUGAUCGCUAUGUUCAGGGUCUGCUCCAGUGAUCCAACUGAGGCGAUUAAAACGAGACUGAGAAGUAUUCUGCACACAUUUCUGCAGCACUACAGGGACAAUGCAGGAAAUGAGAACACCAAUGAAUUGGCAGCAAAGUGUUGCUUUCAAGCCGGGAUCUGGUAUUACAGGAUCCUGGAGAGCGUUGCCAGUCAGGAGAGGGACAGGCUGGGCAUCACUGACAUCUCGGGCAUCUUGGGGAAUGAUCUUUUGCAGUGCUGUCUGGUGGCUUGUUGUCUGGAGAUUGCUAUAUUCUCAAACCGUCUACCAUGUGACUUCCCUCUGCUCCUUGAAAUUUUAAAACUGGCACCAUACCACUUCCUGAAGGUGAUCGAGCCGGUGUUGCGGGCCGAAACGGGCCUGCCUCGUCCUAUUUUCAGACACCUCGCUCAAGUGGAAGACAAAAUUCUUGAGAGCUUGGCCUGGACCAGCAACUCACCACUGUGGGAGGAUAUCAGAGCCAAUGAGGGCCACUUCCCUACCUGCCAGCAGGUGAUGCCUCCAACACAGCUCGAAGAUCCAAACAGAUCAGAAUCUCAACAUGACAGAAAUCAACCAGGAGUGGAUCUCAAUUUUGGAGCUGAACCGUCUACUAGCACUGAACAACAGCAUUCCCCAUCAGCUGGAAACAGGCGUCGGAGAAGCAACUCGCUCCAUGUUUUUGCUCGCAAGGUAUACAGUUUGAUGGGGAAGCGUCUGAGGGAGCUGAGUUCCAUAUUGGAAAUUUCUGAUGAGCUGCGGCUAAAGAUCUGGACCUGUUUUGAACACUCUCUGGUUCACUGCACUGACCUCAUGGUGGACCGUCACCUGGACCAACUACUUUUGUGUGCCAUCUACAUCAUAGCAAGGAUUACCAGGGUGGAGAUACCCUUCAAACGCAUAAUGAGGUGUUACAAGUCUCAGCCACUCUCCAGCAAAAACGUUUGCAAAGAUGUGCUGAUAUCCGGAAGAGACACAGAAAAUUCUCCGACUGGAAACAACAAUAAUGGAGACCACACUGCCCGUAUCCCAACCCCAAACACACCAUCAACACAUUAUCCAGGAUCUGGUGAGGAGGAGAGGGGAAAUCUCAUCCUCUUUUACAACCAGAUCUACACAACAAAGAUGCAGCACUUUGCCAAGCAGUUUGCUCCAACCUAUGUAGGAGAGACACCCCCUUUGUCUCCAUACCCCCGAGAGUGGAAAGUGUCUCCUCGCAGACAGCGACUGUCCAGCAGUCACUCCAUCUAUAUUUCACCGUACAACACAGAAACCACUCCGCCCCCUACAUCAGGACUCUCCUACUACUUCAACACAAGCCCUCCAGAGCGUCUGCGUGAGAUCAACAACAUGGUCAGGACGGGAAGGUCACCCAAUAGGCGACGCUUUGUGGAUAUAGAAGAGGAAGAGCAGGGAGAAGAAGGAGAUGGCCCUCCAGCAAGGAGGAUUCGUUUGGAUGGUCAGUCAGCCUGGCAGAGGCGACUCAGGAAUGUGGUGAAUGAUCGUGCAGCAGAAGGGACCAGGCCCAGACAUUACCAGUGACGGGAUCUAAUCUGCACUAAAGCAAAGAGGAGCAUGUAGCUUCUCUGCUAUUGUUUCUGAUACUCCAACAACAUCAGGUGUUAGAGGAAAAGCACAGAGCAGCUUAGUCUUCCUUUACAGAAAGCUUUGAAGAAUUCCUUUGGGCUAAAUUCUUUGUCCACUCAAAGCGUUGUAUCCUGCCUGGGCUAAAAUUAUGCCUUAAUACUUUUUUUUGCUCUGCGCUAUUUCUGACACUUUCUGUCCUUGAAUAAUGCACUUAAACCUGAAUCAGUUGAUUGUACUUGUCCUGGCCCCUGGUGGAGGUACAUGAUGUACAAAUCUAACGUAGGGCAUAAUUGGACAGUGCUCAGGUGACUUUCCUUGGAUAAAUAAAGUUAAACUGGGAAAGGAUGAUAUCAACUGAACUGAAAUCAAAACUGUGGGAUAGCUUGGCUGCCCCUUAAAGCUCAUGGGGACGAGCAUAAGUACACGGCCUUAAUCAAAGUACUUGAUUCUAACUGGCUUAGAUGAGUGUCUGAAUAAUGGAGGAAUGAUACAAAGUCGUCAGUGUACAGCCUUUUUAAUCUGUUUUUAUCCUGUGAUAAAAACAGAUGCCCAAUGAAAGUUUCUUGUAUAUAUGUUAAAGUUUUACAAGUUAAGACUGUUAAAAACACGAUAGAACAUUAAUACACAGUUCCUCAUGGGAAUGAAGGAAAGUACAGCAGUUACAGCAAUAUUAAACUUAAUGGUACAUUAAGUUUAAGUAUGGACACACAUACUGUUUCCAUAUACACAAGUAUGGAAACAGAUUUAAGAAUGCAAAAAACACUCAUAAAUGUAUUUUUUAUAUUCUUCUGCUGAAGAGACAGAGUUUCCCUUAAUUAUAUCUGUGUUUUAGACGUGCAUACAAGAAAAUUUUGUGACAUCGCAACUAGCUUGGAAGCAAAUCACUGUUCAGUAUUUAAUUUGCACAAAUGUGGAAACUUGAAACCUCCAGUGCACAUACACAGAAAAUUCACUUUACAGUAGGUAGGGCUUUUUUGUAAAUAGUUCAUUUAGCUUUUAUAUAUAUAUAUAUAUAUAUAUUAUAUAUAUAUAUAUAUAUAUAUAAUGAAAGAUAUAAUGAAAACAUGUC